GUCCCAAGUUCCAUUUGUUUCUCUUCAGGCUGGUGUUUGCGGAUUGCAUAUUUUUUUGUUCAACUGCAGCCAUUUUCAAGGGCUCAGUGAUUGGGUUUCACGCUUUUUUUUAGCGCUGUGGCCACUACCUGGAAGCAGUUUGGUUGGCCACAGAGCGACUUAUAGGGUCCUACUCGUAUAUUUAUUGUACAUAGUUGGACUGGCGGUCCGUGUACCGCACACCACGCAGAUUCCAUGGCGACGGUGCAACGCCGGGCUUCCAACCCGGUACGCCUGACGGGCGAGUUCAUCCGCAAUGAGUCCUACAACGUGAGUGAAGGCAAUUCCAGUUGGUGGGAGAAGUUUAAAACGUUUAUGAUGAGCCAUUAUGUCGCGAAUCUCAUGGCGGUCAUUGUUUGUGUGGAUACGUUCUGCACCUGCUCGGAGAUCGAUGCUCGAGCAGCCGAUGGGGGGCAACCAAGCCCUGGAAUUUUGCUCAUCUCGGACAUAUGUUUGACGUUGUAUAGCACGGAGGUGCUGUUGCUCCUUGUAAUAACAGGUUUGCCGAUCCUGAAGGAUUGGAUGAUGCUCUUAGAUCUUGGAAUUGUUGUGUGUGGUUGGGUGGAAGUGAUCAUUGUGCAGACUAUCACGCACGAAGGUUUGACCUUUCCGAUAAAAGUGUUGCGUGUCCUGCGCCUGGUGCGAAUCUUUCGACCCAUCCGCUUGCUCAAGCGUAUUCGAGGACUUCGUGAGUUGUACAAACUCUCCAUGAUGAUGGCCACUUGCUUCCGCACCUUAGCGUGGUGUUUCCUGAUGUGCUUCGUUGUGAUGACGGGAUGGGCCAUGCUCAUGGUCGAGUUGGUGAACCCUUUGGUGAAGGAAGUGAAGGACAUCAACCCAGGAACCUGGGACGGCUGCACUGAUUGUAUUGAUUCCAUGUCAUCAGUGAUGCAUGCCAACCUGUUGCUCUUCAAGACCGUGAUUGCAGGAGACAGUUGGGGCCAGAUCGCUGUCCCCCUCAUCCAGGAGCACCCGGAGACGGCGAUCAUUUUUGUUGGCUCUUUGUUGACCUUGGUCUUUGGCGUUGUGAACCUCAUCGUGGCCGUGGUUGUGGACACCUUUGCGGACGCUCGCCAGAAUGAUGUCCAAAACUUGGCAGAAGAGAUGGAAGACGAGAUAGAGCAUGACCGGAAGGCCUUGUCCAAGCUCUUUCAACGCAUUGACAAAGACGGCAGCGGGCAGCUAACGCUCCGCGAGCUGAUCGAAGGGGCUCGACAUGACAAAGCCUUCCAGAGCCGUUUGAGAGUCAUGGACAUUGACGAGCAUGACCUGGAGCAACUCUUUCACAUGAUAGACCUGGACGAAUCCGGCACCAUUGAAAUCUCCGAAUUCAUUGGCCCACUGAGCAGGUGGGCUCAUGAUUCGAAGACCGCUCCGCGCUUUAUUAAGUACAACAUGUUGCAGUCGAUGCACCUCCAGCAGGACCUGUACGAUCUUUCAGUGGACUGCUUCAGGGAGCUUGCAGCGUGCAUCGAUGACGUGGCCCUCCAGGUGCAUCGCCAGAGACCAGCACCUCCAACGCCAGCACCUCCAGUGCCAGCGCCAGCGUUCGCCGAGACGGUCAAAGGCCCAGAGAGCGGCCAUGAGACCAGCCAGACGGACUCCACCUUAGAUACAGAGCCACACUUGUGGUCGAAGCUGCAUGAAGUCCAACAGGAAGCCAAUCAGAUGCAUGGCCAGUCUGCUGAGAUUUUGGGGCUUUCGAUCGAGGCUAUCAUGGUAAACCUUGAAGCCAAGUUAGAUAUGCUUCUCCAGGAGAGCCGAAAGCCUCGACUGAACAAGUCCGACAGCCUUCGAAGCUUGAGAUCUCGAUUUGCUCCUGGUCCGACUUCUAUGAGCACGGACAAAUAUGGCUUCAGACGACCGCUGGACCCGACGGCCUUCCGGUCCUUGUACAUGAAGUCACGUAGUAUGCGUGUGCCUGGCCAAGACGGAGGUGGAUCUUCUGAGUCCUACAACACCUUCGCGGCACGAUUUGGCUGGCCAAAGACGCGGUUCCGGACAAAUGAGCAAGAUCCAUCUUGGACCUUGUCAGACGCUGGCCUGCCGGUGGAGAAGCUUCAGUCGAUUGAGGAGGACGCCGACGACCUGAAGACGAUGGAGACGUCGCGGAUAUAGGUCAACAAUUUGAUCAUUCCACGAGCUUUUCAAUCCCGGAGUUUUGAACUGUAGAGCCUUGUGGCACUUUGUCAUUCGACGGAAGGUGCAGACCUUCCAAAGAAUGUACACUGAGCUCCGUAUAGAAUUCUUUGCUUGCCGACUUCCGAGGAUUUGUGCGAGCGAAAUGCGGUUGGGGUCCGUUCGGGAGAGGCUCCCAGCCACCGUCCCCUUGCUCUUGAAUCAGAGCUUAUUUUCCCGAGGCGAAGUUCUCCUGAG